AUGUGCAUCCUCCAGCCGUUCCUCGACUGUAUCUUCGGGACUCGUCCUCCCACCACCAACACCGUCAACGCCACCUCCUCUCGCUCCCUAGAAAGCAUAGCAUCGGACGUUGUCACCAAGAUCCUUACCGCCGACUCCCAUGAUACUCUCCACAAGGAGCUCAAUGACCAGAUCUCCACCACAAGCUGGACAGAAGCUCUCGCAAAAGCGACGCUAAAGGGUCUCGAAAACGCGAUCAAGACCGGAGCGAAGAUGGCAAAGGCUGCAGCUGAUGCUGUAGCUCAGGCGAAAGAAGCCGCAAUUGGGUUCGCAACUGAACACCCCGUUUACGCGACGCUUAUUGCCCUGGGCGUGUUGGCUGUAUUGACGCCCUGGAUACUCGAGGUCCUUGGAUUCGGAGAACUAGGACCCAUCGAAGCGUCUUUUGCGGCCAGAUGGCAGAGUCUUUACAGGGGAAGUGAGAAACUAGCGUGUUGUGCCUGA